AUGCAGAUUUAUAUGGAAAAUCAUAUUAAUAUACCCAAUAAUAAUAAUCAAUACACAAAUCAACAUAACUAUAUCCCUCAAUCAAGUAUAGAUAAAGAAUCACCACCAAAUAAAAUACCCAAAAGGAAAGAUCUAAAUAUCAAUAAUCAAACUAAUGGGGCACAUGAUCCAAGGAUAUAUAGUACUGGUUUUUCAGGGAUGGAUACUGAUCGCACAGAUAUAUCAAGAGUAGAAAAUAUUAGAAAGGAAAAACCAACCACCACCACCAACAAUCAACAGCCAAAUGUAAGAAUGAUCAAAACCAACGGUAAGACUAGGGUUGCAACCGCAUGUAACAGAUGUAGAUCCAAAAAAACUAAAUGUGAUGGAGGUAAUCCAUGUUCAACUUGUUCAGCUGUUGGGUUAGAAUGUAUUGUAUCUGAUAAAUUAAGUAGAAAAGCUUUUCCCAAAGGUUAUACUGAAAGUCUAGAAGAAAGAGUUCGACAUUUGGAAGCAGAAAAUAGAAAAUUAGUAGGAUUACUAGAUAUGAGAGAUGAGCAACUUGAAAUUCUAAAUACCAAUAAUAGUAAUAGUAAUAGUUUUAAUGUUGAUGAUACAAAAAAUAGUAUAAUUGUUAAAGAUGAACAUGGACUGAGGAUAACGGCAUCAAAUCUUAAUCUACUAGAUCAAGAGAAUAGCAAAGAGUUACAUAUGCAUGACCAUGAUCAUGAGAAUGGAUGUUCAUGUGGUUGUGAUCAUAUAAAUGCAAUUCAUGAACAACCAGUUUCAAUUGCAGGUUCAAUAUAUGAAUUAGGUGGUCCAGCUUCUAUAGCCGGUUCAAUAAAAUUAAGUGAAGAUGAGGAUGAUGAUAAUGAUAGUUUAUUAAGUAUAGAUGACUUAAGCCAGAUUUCGUCACAGUAUCAACCAACAGCUUCAAGACAUCAUUUUGCAUCAAAUUCAACAAACAGAGAAUCAACUCCAGCUCCAGGAGCAUUUGCAGCAGCAACAGCUAUAGCUCAAAUGCAGAAGAAUAAAUCAUUUCAAAAACAACAACAACAACUUGAAAAAGAAACAGAUAAACAAAGAAUGUUGACUCUGUUAGUAGCAACAUCUAUGCCAAGAAGUACAGAAGAAACUCUUUGUGUACCUACAUUAUUAGCAAGAAUCUGUCAAGCAUAUGGGUACGAUUCAAAACCAUCAAUACUAGCCGCAAAUACUUUGGCAUCUAUGAAAGAACAUGUUAUACCUAAAUCCCCUUUCAAUCAAUCCAUUCAGGAUGAACUUUUUAAAUUAAUUAUGAAUAGAGAUGAUAUUAUGAAGUUAAAUGAAAAUGAAUCACUAAGAUUUUUACAAGAUUUAGUUCAAUUUCCUAUAUCAAGAUUAGACAUGGAUCAAUUAAUUACAAUUUAUUUCCAGAAAUGGGGUAAUACAUUACCAAUUUUGAACAAAAAUAAGUUUUUGAAUAGUUACAUGGCACUAAUACAGAUAUUGGAGGGAGAAGCAAAUAUUCAAUCACCAGAGUCUACAAGAAAAUCAUACGAACUGAUUGAAAAAGUAGGUGCAUUAAUAGUUUUGAUUCUAAGCUUGGGAUUUUUGGGAAAUAAAAAUACCUACCUAAAACUGGAAAAUGCUCAAACUUAUAUCGCAUUAAUGAAACAUUAUGAUUUCCUCAUACACGAAAUUAUAAAACCAAGCUGUAUAAUUACAAAAUAUUGUUCCAUUCAAUCACUACAAAUAUUAUCUUUGGCACUUCAAUAUUGUCUUGCAAUUGGUGAUAUGGUGACAUGCUACGACUUAAGAGGCAGAGUUAUUAGUAUGGCUCAACAAUUAAGACUUCAUAGGUGUCCUGCUGCAGUCUUGGGAUUAGGUUCAAAUAAUGAAGGUGAUUUAAAUUUUCAAAAUCUGAUGCAAGCUGAAAGACGUAUCUUGUUUUGGUGUAUUUAUUGCUUAGAUACUUAUUCAUCAUUGAAUCUAGGCGUUCCAAGAUUAAUGAAAGAUUAUGAGAUUGAAUGUGCAAUGCCUUUCUCAGGUAAAAAAGAUGAUGACGCUAAUAAUGGAAAUGCUAAUGAAGUUUAUGAUGAUGAUAACGUCAAUAUUUUAAUUGUUAAUAAUACACAAUUAUCAAUUGUUGGUAAGGUUUCCAAAAUGGCUUUAAGCGUUAUGCUAUUUUGUAAAGUUUUAGCUAAUAUACUAGAUUCAAUUUAUUCAAGGUUUGAUAAUGGUAGUGAUGCAAAUAGAAAAGCAUUACAUAGGGAUAGGAUGUUGGAUUGUUGGAGAAGGGAAUUACCAAACGGAUUAAAAUUCGAGCUAGAUAUUAAUGGUUUAUCAUUGAAAGAUUCAGAAGGCAACCAUAUAGAAGGAAAUGUUUGGGAAAAUUGUAAUAAUCUGCAAUUAAUUCUAAUAUAUUUAUACUAUCAUGCUAAAAUUUUAAUUUAUCUACCCAUCAUAUCCAAAUAUGGCAAUCACCAUAAUGUUGGAUUAUCACAAAAGGAACAAUUGUCAAAAGGUGAAAGUGAUACUACGACUAUUGUAUCAACAAUGAGUUUAAUUCAACAAUCAGCUAGUCAAAUCUUGGAAGUCAUAAAAUCAUAUUCAAAAUUAUCAAAUUCUUCAAUGAUUCCAAUACCUUUAAAUAUUGCAAGAGAACAAGCAUUAAUUACCUUGUUAGUUGCUAAAGGAACUUUAGAUUAUAUUAAAGGUGGACCAUUAUUCAACAACUCCAAGCAAUUAUUAUUAGACUCAAUCAAUGAUUUAUCGACUGAAUCAAAAUCAGAAUUACCUGGAACUUUAAGUCGAAACUCAACUAAAUUACUAGAAUUAUCAAUAUUGAGUAUAUUAGGAGUGAAUUUGAACAAGUUAACAACCACUACAGUCAAAAAGAAACCAUCAUUAGCACAACCGAUAGUCAAAACAGCAGUUGAAAGAGAACCAAAACAUCAAAACAGAACAAAUGGUUCAACUCAACCUACUCCAAGGCAAUUACAAAACAGUGGGUUUAUUAAAGAAGAAUUUUUAUCAACUAUCAUUCCGAAUAACAACAACACCAAUAUCAAUACCAAUGCAUCAUCAUUUGAAAAUCAAAACUAUCAACAAGAUCAAGAUUCAAAUAAAAAUAUAAAUUAUGAAGAUUUAGAAAAUUUAGAAAGUUUACUAAAGUUUGAUCCAUUCAGUGUUACUAGUUCAAAUAAUCAAAUGUACAUGAAUGAUUUCGUAACUGAUGGUUCAUUAGGUUUAGUUCCAUUUUUGGACUCGGAUUUGAAUAAUGAUCAAUUUUUCCAAGAUAUGAAUAAUUACUAA